UAUCUCUUGACCGGAUGGUGUUUGUGUUGAGGAAGUUUUGUUUUGCGAGUUUUCCGUCCGUUUCGACUGAGGUUUUAAUUGUUGUGCGAAAAAGAACACGAAAUUAUGUUAGUGUGAAUUGUAUUACAAGUGGCUGCUCAAGUAUUUAAAGAAAGAAUUAAACUUGAGCUGUUUAAAACGGCGGAACUCCAUACUAAAUAGUAACCCGAGAGCACCUUGCUGCUAAGCUAACGUUACCAAGCUAGUUAGCGCGGCUAACGUUAGCCUCCGGUCUGUGCCGUACUGAAGGGGCUCUCCAAGCUGUCGAAGCCAUGGGGAACCGGGGCAUGGAAGAACUGAUUCCCCUGAUUAACAAACUUCAAGAUGCUUUCAGCUCAAUUGGCCAGUCUUGUAAUUUAGACCUUCCACAGAUAGCUGUGGUUGGCGGGCAGAGCGCUGGAAAAAGCUCUGUCUUGGAAAAUUUUGUCGGCAGGGACUUUCUUCCACGUGGAUCAGGAAUUGUUACCCGCAGACCUCUCAUUUUGCAGCUGGUCAACAAUAAAGCAGAAUAUGCGGAAUUCCUGCACUGUAAAGGAAAGAAAUUUGUGGAUUUUGAUGAAGUUCGGUCAGAAAUUGAAGCAGAGACUGACAGAAUUACAGGAUCCAAUAAAGGCAUCUCUCCUAUCCCAAUAAACUUGAGGGUCUUCUCCCCACAUGUGCUAAAUCUGACGCUGAUCGACCUCCCGGGUAUGACGAAGGUUGCCGUAGGAGAUCAGCCUCCAGACAUUGAGCAUCAGAUCAGAGAUAUGCUGAUGCAGUUUAUCACCAAGGAGAGCUGUUUGAUCCUGGCAGUCACCCCUGCUAAUACUGACCUGGCUAACUCUGAUGCUCUGAAGAUUGCCAAGGAGGUGGACCCACAGGGUGUGCGUACUAUUGGCGUUAUAACAAAAUUGGACCUGAUGGAUGAGGGCACAGAUGCAAAGGACAUCCUUGAAAAUAAACUUCUGCCACUCCGGAGAGGUUACAUUGGUGUGGUGAAUCGCAGUCAAAAAGACAUUGAUGGGAAAAAAGACAUUCGUGUUGCUCUUGCUGCAGAGAGAAAGUUUUUCCUGUCUCACCCUGCUUACAGACACUUGGCAGAGCGUAUGGGCACACCACAUCUUCAAAAGACACUUAACCAGCAAUUGACCAAUCAUAUCAGGGAUACCCUGCCUGGACUGCGGAGUAAGCUACAGAGUCAGCUCCUCUCUCUGGAGAAAGAGGUUGAGGAGUAUAAGAACUUCCGUCCAGAUGAUCCAACUCGCAAAACAAAGGCUUUGUUGCAGAUGGUGCAGCAGUUUGGUGUGGAUUUUGAGAAAUGCAUUGAGGGCUCUGGGGACCAGGUGGACACCAAUGAGCUAUCAGGUGGUGCUAAGAUCAACCGCCUCUUUCAUGAACGCUUCCCCUUUGAGCUAGUCAAGAUUGUGUUUGAUGAAAAGGAGCUAAGACGGGAAAUCAGCCACGCAAUCAAAAAUGUUCAUGGUGUCAGAACGGGGCUGUUCACUCCAGACCUGGCGUUUGAGGCCAUCGUGAAAAAGCAGAUCGUUAAGCUGAAAACGCCCUGUCUCAAAUGUAUCGAUCUGGUCAUUCAGGAGCUCAUCAACACAUUCAGGCAGUGCACCAACAAGCUCAAUUCCUAUCCCAGACUGAGAGAGGAGACUGAGAGGAUUGUCACCACCCAUGUCAGAGAAAGAGAAGGGAAGACCAAGGAUCAGGUUCUGCUGCUGAUUGACAUCGAGUUAUCCUACAUCAAUACAAACCAUGAGGACUUCAUAGGCUUUGCAAAUGCUCAGCAGAGGAACACUGCUGCAAAUAAAAAGAGGGCCAACCCCAAUCAGCUCCGUGUACUAGCAGGGGUCCAGGAAGAAAAGGUAAUCAGAAAAGGCUGGCUAACCAUCAACAUCAGUAUCAUGAAAGGAGGUUCCAAGGAGUACUGGUUUGUCCUGACAGCUGAGUCCCUGUCCUGGUACAAAGACGAAGAGGAGAAAGAAAAGAAGUACAUGCUGCCUUUGGACAACCUGAAAAUCAGAGAUGUUGAGAAAGGCUUUAUGUCCACAAAGCAUACCUUUGCCAUCUUCAACACUGAGCAGAGAAAUGUGUAUAAAGAUCUUCGCCAAAUAGAACUGGCUUGUGAUUCUCAAGAUGAUGUUGACAGCUGGAAAGCAUCUUUCCUCCGGGCAGGAGUUUAUCCUGAGAAGGAUCAGGUGGAGAAUGAAGAGGCUACCCCUGCAGACACAUUCUCCAUGGAUCCUCAGUUGGAGCGGCAGGUAGAAACCAUCCGUAAUCUGGUGGAUUCAUACAUUGGCAUUAUCAACAAGUCUAUCAGAGACCUUGUACCCAAGACCAUCAUGCAUCUCCUGAUCAACAAUGCAAAGGAUUUCAUCCACUCAGAGCUACUGGCUUAUCUUUAUUCGUCUGGGGACCAGAACAGCCUCAUGGAGGAAUCAGCUGACCAGGCCCAGCGUAGAGACGAAAUGCUACGCAUGUAUCAUGCACUCAAAGAAGCACUGCUCAUCAUUGGAGACAUUAGCGCCAACACAAUGUCCACCCCUGUACCCCCACCUGUAAAUGACACCUGGAUCCAGGAAGCCAGCCCAACACCUCAACGCAGACCACCACCUUCAGCAGCGCAGCCCCCCAGCCGCCCACCUGCUGUUAGGGGCCCAACACCAGGACCACCCAUGAACCCUUCGCCUCCCUUUGGAGCUCCACUCAAUCCCUCUCCAGCAUUUGGAGCACCUCCUAUUCCCUCUCGUCCCGGCCCAUCCAUCAAUGCCUUCAACAGCAGUCAGGAUCCCUUCAGCGCACCACCACAGAUCCCCUCCCGACCAGCCCGUGUCCCACCUGGUGUACCAAGCCGAAGACCCCCUGGUGCUCCUUCUCACCGACCCACCAUUAUCCGCCCUGCAGAGCCCUCCCUGCUAGACUAGACCUGUGGCCAAGCCCACCUAAGCAUGUGUUUGUGUGUAUCUGCACACUGUUUGUCAGGGGCAGGGGCUCAAGGGGAGGGGCUGUCUUGGAGCCGUGCAUAACAUGCAUCAUCCAGCCGCAACGAUAUGUUCAUUGAAACAACGUUAAUAAGCUGCUAAUACUGUCUCUAAGUGCACAGGAAGGAAAGAAAGCCUUUAACCACUUGAAUCUUACAUCUGACUGCUGUGGAAUACAAAGUAAACAAUGUAAUGCAUUUACUUCUAACAGUGGGAGAUGAUAUAUCAAAAUUAGCUUAAAAUGUUUCAUAAAUGUUUUUUUCUUCAACAGUUAUUUUACUAUUUCAUCACAUGGUUCCCAGCAUAAAAUGACAUAUAUUAAAUAACUGGUACACGCUGGCUUUCCUCUGCCCUCCCUCCCUCUAUUUUAAAUAGGCCCCAAUACUCUUUUUGUGAUAUGCACACUUAAGCUGUUGUUAAUGUUUUACUGGGUUUUCAUAUCUCAACUGAUUUCAUACAGAAAAACAGUACCUUAUUUUCACUGUCAUUUUUGUGGUUUCGAUUAUAUAUUUUUUUUCUUGUGUUAUUUUAUUUGAGUGACUGUCCUUUUAAUGAUUGAUAUAAAUGUAGCUUUAAAUGAAAUCUUGACUGCAGCAAAGCAUAAAAAGACACAGGGCAGGGCUGCACAAGACUAAGAGACUAUCUUCCCCCUUCUGUGACUAAUCCUUCCACAAUCAAAAGAUUUCAACUUAACUGACCAUUGAAAUCCAAGCACUUCUAGCCAUCUAGCCUUACAGGAAACCACACAUAACAGGGAUGUUGUGGUCCGUUACAAAACACUAUGCACAGACACCCAGGAAAGGGACAGAAAGGAAAACUAAAGGCCGUCUGCACUUUCUCUUCUAAUUCUUAGAUGUAUAAAUAUUAACCAUUUUAGUCUCAGCUGAAUCUCAGUGAGGCUUGGAAUCUCAGAGUAGAUCCUGCCAAUUCCUGUAUUAGAGGAUUCAAAUAGAAAAGAGCACAGGGUUCAGUUUUUUCUCAGAGAGGGUGGAACUUGAUGAUAAUUAUUAUUCAGUUGGGGACAGAUCUGUGUUUUAGAGUGUAAACAUGGAGUUAAGUGUAAAGGAGAUGGCACAUCUCACCAGGCUUUUCAAGUACAUUCAUUAUUAUUAUUAUUGCUGUCAGCUCUGCUUCCAUGCAUUAAAAUAUUGUAUAUAGCUGGCCUAUAAUUCAGAGUUGUCAUAUACCUCAUUUUGUCAUAGAGCUCAUGACAACAUUAAUGCCGUAAAUCAUCAUAAAGACCCAUAUGCGACUAGUUUUCAUAUUAAAAAAAUCACUAACACUGCAAUUUCAUUUAAUUCCAGUUUAGGGAAGGGAUUGGUCUGUGCCUGAUACAUUAUUUAUAACCUGGGCAUUUGUCAUAUCUUUUCAAAGUUUUGAUCACAGUUGUAUCAGCCCCAUACAACUUUAUUCUGCUCAGUUCAGUAGUUUCACUUAGAUCAUUAUUUUCUGGUUCUACUACAGGGUCAGAAUGUGUUGGGAGUGCACUUGGGACUUGACAAAUACAGCUGUGAUUAUUUGUUAAUAGCUUUCGAUUGCUCUUUGAAGGUUUUUUUUUAAGAUUUUAAUCUUUUUCUGAAACAUCAUAAGGUGUUUGGGGGGGAAACGGGGUCAAGGUGGGAGUGAUUUUGGGCUACUUGGAUAUUUCCUGUUUUGAAUUUGAUCAGUUGUGGUUAGUGGGUGAUGGAAGUUGUAGUGUAUAAAUGCACAUCCUGUCUCGAGAAGCUUCCUAGAAGAUAGAGACUAAAUUAGACAACCCAGCAAAACAAAGAAAUUACCAUUUCAGAAAUAUCCAAAACCAGACUCUUGAGCCAGAAUGUGUUUUUUUUUGUUCUUUUCUCCUGGUCUUGCUGUCAGUGACAGAGCUAGAUAAAGUUUUUUCCUUAAAAAAAGCCUUGAAUCUUUCCAAUGAUGGCCUUUCACAUUAGAUUUUUCACACACCAAUAGGUACGCUAAAUUUCGUAAUUACUCUGUUAAAACCUGUUUGCUAGAGUUAGUUGAAGCUCCUGUGUGCCUGUCACCUCAGCUUGCCCUUGAGAAGCCAAGACUGUUAAUGCCUCUAUCAAACAUUAGGCUGUGGGAAUCCUGUGUGUCUUCCUAUAGAUCCUCCAUUCUUCCUCUUUCCUUCCCUCCUCUGAAUUUGGAGGACGGGGUUGGAAACAAACCUGCAAAAAGCUUUCUUUUUGUUCUGCAAACCCUUGUAAAGUGCCUGUGUAGCAAUUAUAAUUGAUUUGAAUAAACAUGAACUGAUUUAGCAAGGAAAGUAAAUAAAGAGGUGUUGUGUACAAUAAAGGGACUGGCUCUGGUG